AGAAACAAGAAACUAUAUGCAGUGUCUUUUCAGAGAUACCCCCGUCACGAGUGAAAUGAACAAUGGUGACUCCAUACAGAUGAGAUUAGGCCGUGUGCUUGCUUGGGCUCUCAGCUAGCGAUCAGAGUUUUUGUAACUGCAGGAUCUUGUCUACUCUCAGUUUCGACUCACUCUGUGUUCCGUGAAUGAGAAACUAUCACAGGAAUAACUCGACAACAGCCAGAGCGUCUAAAUGCCGCCUGGCUUGGUUCUGGCGAGUGAACCGAUGAAGAUGGAGAUGACACUGGCAAAACUACACUCUUACCAGACGUUACUGACAAACCACGCUCUCAUUCGUGUUCGCAUUAUUCAGCUAUUAACGACUUCGCACAGACCACCAUGUGCAGGCAGCUAACGGCAGAUUCUGCGGCUGGCAUGGCUAGCGAAGAAUCGCGUUGUGAAGACAAGGCGACCAGCACUGACGAUGAAUUGCUGGCGUCGCCACAAACUCGUGAUGCCCAUUCUUCUGGCAUUGCUGCCGUGGCUCAACUCUGGGGGGCUGAUCUGGUUGGAUUAGAAAGACCUCGGCUUCUUAAACCUCAUCGACGUACUCUUCAUCAUCAAGAAUCUUUGAGCAGUGCAAGUGACGUAUCUCGCACGCGUCCUCAUCGACUCAGAAAACAACGAACUACAGAGAGCUGCAAUGCUGACUAUCGUUGCAAGGGACGGCCUCGGGAACUGCGCAGACAGUGGACGACUGACUCUUCGGACUCAGGAUACUCGAAGGGCUACUCGCGAGAAAGGCUACGCAGACAGGAUACAGAGGAGUCUGCUGAAUCUUCCAGGAAGUUCGUCAGGGAGUUGCAGCGCCAGCCGACGACGGAGUCUUCGAGCUCAUUGCGGUUAACGAGACAAUCAUCUUUACGGAGUGGGUCUGACAACCAAAGUCUGUAUCUCUUGAGACAAUCUACCAUUGAAACUUACGACGAAUUUUCUACUACAGAUUUUUCUAGACCUCAGUCCAGCAACAGUGCAGCUAACACUGCGAGUCCAAGUGUACCUCCCACCAUUCACAUCGAAGCUCCUCACUGCAGUAGAGAAGAUGAUAACUUGGCUGCAGUGCAAGGAGACGCUAUCAGUUACAUUCAAACUGAAGAUCCUAUCAUCGAGGAGAGAAUCGAUGAAGAUUUCGCAACGGUAUCUGUCCUUCCAGUGACUGCAGGUGCUCCAUUUCUCACGUCAACGUCAUGUUCGCUCAUAAACCUCAGUGCCAUAGAUCUCGAAGCCAGUCAAAUCAACGAGAUACAGAGAAGUUUACUAUGCAUGAGUCGCUUGCAGAAGGCAAAAGCACGCAGGAAGAAGAGACGUGAAAUUGCAAAGAAGGCGGCCAAAGUAUGUCGUUCUCGGGAGCGGGUCAGGCCAAGCACAAACAAGGAUGAACUGCCCAAAACAGUGAGGUGGUCCAUCAUGGCUACUGGCCUCGUGCUCUUCCUCAUGAGCAUCAUCUUGGUGGGUGCAACGCUACGUAUGGCGCCGCUCAUCGACGAAAUGGUGCGCAAGGAGAACGAAGAUAUCCUACAGAAGUGGCAGGCUGGACCGUCCUCGGACAACGUCUCGACUGUGCCCCCGUCGGACGCUGCGAUGGCCCAGAACGGAACUUGGGGCGUCCUGCCCCCAGUUCUGCCCACAGCUGCCGGGCUUAUGACCAUAAGCUCAUCACCUGUGCUAAGUGCUAGAAAAAAGCGUCACUCUGUUUUCAACUCUAACAAAUUAAUCUUAUUGUUGGCUGGCAAAACAAUGUCAAAAUACCAGUACAAGAGUCGGGGAUUUAGGCCCAGAAUUGGCCGUGAUAUAAACUCUGAAAGAAGUGCAUUAAACAAAAAUGCUAGCAGCGCGAAAGGAACUGUUGUUAAUAUUCCUUUUGAUAAACUCAAUGGGAUCUAUUCACUUCCAAGUAGUAAUAAUACAGGGUUUAGUGUCUCAAGCCUUUCUUCCAAGCAAAACUCCUCCGUGGCCGUCAGAAAAAUGUUGAGCAAUUUGAGCGAAAUUUCUUAUAACAGCUCGGUGUCAAAAACGAAUUAAAAUUUUCUAAUUAAAGAUGUUAGCGUUAGUUAUAGAGGUGCUCCUCAAAGUGCUGCGUUCAUGCAUUUUAUAUUCAAUAUGAUUUCAUGUCUUUAUUAUCAGCAACAUUAAUUGUAUCCGUUUUAGAACGCAUAAACUUGCCAUGAAUGCAAUUUCUGUAUAGGUAGAAAGUCAAAGCUUUCAAUCGAAGCAAUUCCACUGUAGUUACUUUAAAAAUAGCCUACAAUGAUUUUUUUAUUUAACAAUUAACAAAUCUUUAAAAAAGAAUCAUUCCCGAUUCCCAGACCAAAGUUCGUAAGAUCGCAUUACAUUGAGUGAUAAGUAAACACCUCAGUUUGCGAUCCGUAAUGAGGGGGCAAAAAUGGCAAAUUUUUUUUCGUCAAGAAGAUAUCUUAGUCUGAUCAUUUCGUGUAUACUACAAGUGCCAAGUAUGUAUGAACCUCUUUUCGAAUAUUUAGCAAGGAGUUGUUAGUGUUAUGGUUACGUUAACAACGAACCAUCUUUUGCAGUAUAAGUAUUAUUUGACUUCUCUGUUCUUUGUGGCCACUGUCGGACCAGCUGGUACUCUCAACUCAUUAAUUUUUAGCAUCACAAAUAGCCCUCAAAGAACGGGUAAUCCAGUUCGUUCUUAAUAUUCGAGUAAACACAACCGGAAAUGUUCCAGUCAAUUUUUAGUUUGGUAUGGUCAUCACCUGUAAUAUAGUAUCAAAAAAUUUAUUGUUGUUGCCUGUGGGAGUUGUUGCUGCAGACCAAUUUCUUAGCAAUAAAAUAACCAUGGGAUCACUACCUGGGUGGCAUAUAAUUAUAAUUUAAUACUGUGGUCAGCGUACGCUGUCGAAACUACUCACAUUUAACGAAAACUCGUUGUGAUUCGUGAAAUUGCUUCUAUUUUAUAUUUAGUUCUCGAUUUAAUGGGCAUUUUUCUUAAAUGGUCAGUCAUGUCAUGGAUCAGAUAUACCGAACCUUGUCUUCCAUUCUUCCUUUACGUUCGUUUACGAGCCGUUCAAUCUGCUAUUUUGUGCUGCUGGAAAAGCUUGCAGCAUAUUUCUUAAUUUCAGUCCUUUUCACAUAUGAAGAUAACUUGUAAGUCUGUAACAUUUUGCUUCAUGAAUGCUUUUUGACCAGUCAGUUGCGUUUCCAGAGACAUGAGUGUAAACAAGUGCAAUUGGUGUAAAAAUCGCUGUGACGGCGUUCCACUUCAUUCGUGAAUCAAAUAUCCUAGUCGAGAUGUCGUUCACGUUCAACAAUGUCUCCGCAGAAGAUACUUUGACAUUUUUUCUUCCUAUAUGACCUUUCAUAUUUGUUAGGAAUUAUUCAAUUAUUCAUUGGGUGAUACGGACGCAGGAUUUUGUGGAGCACCGUAAGUACAUUAGAAUACCAAAGUCGAUGAUCAGGUCCCAACCUUCCAGUAUUUUAGCAUCGCCUCCGAUGUUUAGGCUCCUGUGACUGCAACCGGAUUAACACUUGCGCUGCAGUUCUGGGAGCGGUUUCCAUUGUUUCUAGUUGUUUAGACGGAGGUAGAAUCUCCGCAUUGUUACUGUUCUUUCUUUCAAUUCCUAGAUAGAAUGUGUAGUGACUACUUUUUGCAAAGAAUUAAAAUGAGCACAAGUUUGGGGUGUAACCUAAGUGAGGUCUUUCAUUUGACUUCUUAACUGGGCAUUCGCUAAUUAUUUUUCAAGCGCAUGGCGCCCCAGUCCCUCUUCAACUUAUGUUCCCACACUGAAUAAUAUACAGUAUUGUACUGAUGUGUACGAAGUUGAGACUUAAAGCCCACUACCAACACUUUCUUUCUUCUCUCAAUUCUUCCUUUUUGUUUACUAAAUAUUCACCGCAGUGCGUGUAGAUGACUGGCUCCAGUCGAGGACUGUCGCCGAGCCCUGAAGACAGUAAGGGGCGACUUGCGGGACCGCACUUUGAAGUGAGCGUGUUCAGUACAACCUACCCUCGAGAAUCUCGUCUUCCCAUUCCCUUGUCAUAGAAAUUGUGAGAACCUACCUUAAAAGGUGCUUUGUCUUAGUCUUCGAACAUUAACAAGAAGAGCUUUAUGUAGGCAUAUUCACCUUGACUAUUGAAGAUGCCUGUUACGUAGAGGCCAGAGUUCUGGCUGUCUCGUAAGGCAGUUCACUUGGUGAGCUGAACAUUUAUACCAAAAUUAGUUUAAAAUGCUUGCAUUUGCCAGAUUCUUUCGUUGGAUUUGAUGACAGAAUUUAGUUUGGGCUUCUAAUCUAACACAAUUUUGUUAUAGUAACAUUAAUGAUCGUGUUCAUUGCAUACAUAAUCUUCGUUAACAUGAGAGAGAAGUCAUUUUGAUUUGAUAUUUUAUUCCCAGAUAAUACAAAUACCAGGCGUCUACCGAUGCCUAAAAGAUUAGUUAAUGUUGUAUCCAAUUUACGUAGAUUUCAUGGAAUAAUUAAGACUGUUAUGAAAUUUUAGUUCAUAAGUGAACGUAAGAAAAACAUUUAUUCAAUCAAAGUGCUCAGGCCUUGGAUAAUGUCUUUGCUGAAACGUCGCCUCGCCAGCUUUCGUACGGCGAGUCUGGGUGCGUACAAGUUUUCAGAAUAAUUAUUGGAGAAAAGAAGUUCAUGCAGAAUUAUCGGGUUGGCGUUGAUUUCUUAAUUAGUUCAUAUGAACCUUAUAUUAGUGAGAGAACAACGAUGAGUAGCUGUACUAUUACUAGACAUUUUCCAUUUCUUCUCUUGUCAAACUUGAGUAUUAGCCUUUUAUUUUCUUUACGUCCAGGUUUGGUACCACUUUUACCAUAUUAUCUACUGAAAAAAUUUAUAUGUAGAUGGUUUCGCUGUUCUUCAGUUUGUAGAAGUGUUGAGGUGCUUUUGUCAAAGUGCAUGCAUGUUGUAGGCAGGGGAUGAAAAUGUAUCUUUCCUGAUAUAAGCUGCGUCAAUUUCUUCACAUAUUCUAUUAUAUGACAGCUACACUGACAUCUUCUGAUCUAAAGUAAAACUCGCAUUGAAAUUAUCAACCAAUUGAAUACAGUAAUACAUAGCAUCAACAAAAUUAUUUGUUGCAUCAUACAUUCCUGAAUUUUUUUGUGACUAUCCUGAUUUCUAUAUUUAAAAUUUAGUUUAACUUCUGUUGUCUUCUGAGUGAGUUUCCGUAGUUAAUUUAAUUUGCUUAAAAAAAUCUUUCUUUGAAUAGGAAAUUGCCGUAUGCAAUGCCAUUGUAUUUUUUUAUUUAUAUCGUGUGUCUAGGUUUCCGCUUGUAUUGUCUCCUACUAUUAGAUGAAGAGCCAUUUACUCUCGUAUCGCUCAGCUACAUCAUAAAUUGGAGGUAAAAGGUUCGUAUGAUAUCGUUAAGCAUGUAAACUUAUAAUUAUACAUUGACGACAAUUCUUAAGGUUUACGGAAACUGUAGCAAGUGGGGAAAGCGAGAACGUGGCUUAGAACUUAGACAAUUUAUUUGAUAAACUUUAAUAGACCAAAUGAACUAUUUGCAGGUCGCGAAGUAAAGCUCAGAUAGACUUAAAGUUUUAAACUGUUGGCUUACUGUUGUGAGUUACUCUGUUGAUCUAUCGAACUUCUAUAAACUAAACGUUUUACUUGCAUAUUCUACUAAUUCUAGCUGGAUCUAGAUUGCCUGCAUGUUAGCUGAUACUGCGGCCAUGUUUUUCACCAGGAUGAACUUCUUGCUGCGGCUACAAACAGUCAACUUUCAUGGUUGUAUGACGAGCGAUCUGAUUUUAUUAUAUUUUCAGGUUAUCAGUUGAGUCAUAAUGCAUUACCGGUGGUUUUUACUAGCAAAAUAAUUUAGGUAUUUGACUACCGCCGCAUGAGAAACUUAGCGUUAAAUAACUUGUUAAGUUAUAAUCAAGAAAAUGUUUGGUGUGGAGGAUAUCGUUUUAUCACCCGCAGAACACGGUCACUUGAAUCGUGAACUCACAGGAGAUAAAUUCGAUGUCUAGAAUAAUUAAAGAACAAAAAUCUGGCAGUUUUAAUGAUCAAAAGGGAUGAAGUUUCAUCCAUGAGUUCUAAAUUUGAGCCGAAUGGAUUUCAUUUUACGGGGCAUUCUUAUUUGAGUUACGAGUAUUUCCAGAAUCUUAUUCAUACAAAUUCUUAAAUUGAGUAAAAUUUUUAAAUUGUAAUUUUCGAAGAUAUUUCUCUGUUAAACAUUCGACUGCGUGUGUGUAAUUUUUUAUGCGCUCAAGAAAAGUUUUCUUGAAUUGUUCUCCUAAAUAGUCAAUUGUUACAAACAAAACAGGAGACUGCGAGAGUCGACAAAAGUUAACUGCUUAUCUGGGAAGCCAAGUGUUUUUGAUUUUUCUGGGAAACAAAAAUGUUUGUAAAAGGAAUGCUAGACGUAUUAAAGUGUCUUCUGAAUUUAGAGAGAACAUAUUCGAGGAAAAAAAUUUCAAUUGAUUGACAGAACUGUCCACAUUAAUCGAUACACGUAAUUCAUAUACGCAGCUCACGUGAAUAGUGCGAUGUCCCUGAUACCAGUCGCCUGUCUAAUGAAAUAUCUGCCUGCAUUUAAAUCAAAUUACAAAGUAAUUCCAAUAGUCCUUUCCAUUUGAGUUACUAAUAAAUACCAAGCGCUGAUGAGAACAUUCUUAUCACAAAUAUUUACGUUAACUCUUAUCACCUCAGGUGCAGGCAGCUCGGCACGACCUCUGGGGUUGCCUCCUUGUAAUACACGAUAAAUAAUUGAAAAACAAAGAAAUUCCUAUGUACGGUUACCAAAUUU